CUUUCCCGGAAUUACUACACUACAAAGUCUAUAUCUACUGGAUAUCCACUCUUCUAGCCGAACACCUGCCGUUCUUUCCCUCUUUACUAUCUCCUACCGAUGUCUACGUCCAGCCCCGUCUACACCUCGACGCCCGUCGAACAAAUUCCUUUGAUACGGGAAGAGUUGAAACAGUCUUUCAAGACAGGAAAGACGAAAUCUAUCGCGUUUCGUAAGGAGCAGCUCCUUGCACUCGCUUACUUAGUCAGAGACAAUGCUACACUUUUUGAAGAGGCCCUCGAGAAGGAUCUCGGGAGGCCUCGUAUCGAGACUACAUUAAAUGAAACUGGCGGGACCAUUUCAGAAGCCAAACUUGCCUACGACAUGGUCUCCAAAUGGUCCAAACCCGAUUCUCCAGCGUUCAACGUUACCUGGUUCGCUAUGAAGCCCAAAAUCAGGAAAGAGCCCAAGGGAGUCGUGCUCAUCAUCAGUCCUUUCAAUUAUCCACUAUGGUGUCUGCUCGGACCUCUGGCUGGCGCAAUAGCAGCAGGCUGCGCCUGCGUCAUGAAGCCGUCCGAGCUCACUCCCGCAUUCAGCGCUCUCCUCGCCGACCUCGUACCUAACUACCUCGACCAAUCGCUAUAUCGCGUUAUCAACGGUGCUAUUCCGGAGACUACGAAGCUUUUGGAGUUGCAGUGGGAUCAUCUGUUGUAUACCGGUGGUGCCCGCGUAGGCAAGAUCGUCCUCGCCGCUGCCGCCCAGACGCUCACGCCCGUCACGACCGAGCUCGGUGGUAAAUCGCCCGUGUUCAUCGACCCGAACACCGAUCUCAAGCUCGCCGCGAAGAGGGUCAUUUGGGGAAAAGUCACGAAUGCUGGCCAGACAUGUGUGGCGCCGGAUUAUGUGCUUAUCCAGGAAGACUCCGAGGAUAAGUUCGUCGAGGCUUGCAAAGAGCAGCUCGCAGAAUUUUACCCCUCCGGCGCCCUCACCUCUGAUUCCUUCGGACGCAUAAUCUCCACAAACCACUUUCUCCGGAUCAAGAGCCUGAUGGACAACACGAAGGGUGAAGUAGUAUAUGGCGGUAAGACAGAUGAGGCGCAAAAGUUCAUUGAGCCGACGAUAGUGAAGGGAAUCAAGGGGGAUGAUAGUUUGAUGAGAGAGGAGAUCUUCGGACCAGUCCUGCCUAUCGUACCAGUCAAGUCCUUAGACGAAGCUAUCGACUUCGUGAACGAGAGGGAUCAUCCAUUGGCCCUGUAUGUCUUCUCGAAGGAUCCAGCGUACAAAGCUAAGGUGUUCGAUAGUACCACGAGCGGAUCGUGUCUUGCGAACGAAGUGAUGGUGCAGACGCAAGCGGAAGGACUGCCGUUUGGAGGUAUCGGGCCCAGCGGAUCUGGCGCGCAUACUGGCAAAGCCACCUUCGACAUGUUUACCCAUCAACGAUCGACACUCGAUAAUCCAGCCUGGAUCGACUUGAUACUAGCCGGCCGCUAUCCCCCCUACUCCCUCGAAAAAUCCAAAAUGAUGAUCAAAAUGUCAACACCGUCUCUCCCUCCCCGGCCCGCCUUCCUCAACGGCAAGGCUAACGGAACUGCGAACGGGGGUGACGCAAAAAAGAGGUGGGGUAAAUGGUUCCUUUUCGUGCUGGCGCUCGCUCUCAGUUCUGGCGGCGUCCUGAUGCAGAUGAAAGUGCUUAAUAUGAAUAUGAAUGGAUCGGGCUUGUUGGCGGCGUUGAGGGGGAGGCUGAUGGGCAUUGGGGGGAAGUGAGGGGUGGUGUGGUGUUGAGGUGAGUGGAUUUGGUAGGGGGUGGUGGUAUGUAGGAGAGUGGAUGUUAACCAUAUUUUUGGUCCCUUCUCUUAGGGUUAGUGGGUGGAUAUUUGGUUCGAAUCGGAUAUUUUAGGGCUCAUGGCGACCUUUACAUGGUCAUCUUUGGUGAUACUCACGACGUACACGUCUAAUCUUCUCCUUGCGGAUGUACCUUCCCUUUCUCGGUCCUGCUUUCGUUGCCUGUACAGUAAAGUAACAUUCUCGCUUCGCUCUUAUCGCUGGUGCUACAUAUGCCUUUCCGUCCCCCUUGGACUCGUAGCACUGAUCCAGUAGCUCUACUCUUGGGAUGAGUAUUCGACCAUUCUAUGGAUUGUUAUUUCUUUUACGUUGAUGCUGAGAUGUAUACCAGUAUGGUAAGACGGCGUUGGCGAGAAUCACCUGUGCUAUGCUUGUUUUUGCUUGGAGGCGGC